ACAAAAUCCUUCUUUGUCGUGAACGCACGAAGGCGAACAGCUCGAUACACUGAAGAUCGGAAAAUAUCAGGCUCGAAGGAUCAAUGUUUUAGACUUCAGGGUUCUCCGAAUUGGCAACACUGUGUAUUAUUACUGCUGUUAUUGCUGAUACGCUGUUCGGAGUGAAUCGGAGUUCGGUGUGCAAAGCAGCGGCAGAAGCAAGGUGUGUAGAAAACGGAGGGUUGUUUAACUUAGUUUAAUGCGAGUAAUAAUAUGUGAAUGAUAUUUACUACAAUGGCAACAAAACUGGCAAACCGUCCGAGAAGCGUUUUGUUAACGUUCGUUCGUUAUCGUCACAAUCCGAAAGCGUGGAUACCGGAUGCUGUUAAAUACCCAGGCGUCACAUAUUAUCCGCGCAAUAAAACCGAUGUCGAUCCACCGAUCGUACCGUCGAAAAUUUUUAUGAUCCAUAGGGUAAAAUCCUUCAAAGGCAAUCCUUAUUGGGAUAAGGACACCCUCAAACGUAUAGGAUUAAGUGAAGUUAAUCGCGAACCUGUUUUUGUAAAAAACACGCCCGAAGUGUGCAGUCAACUGUGGAAGAUCAAGCAUUUGAUCAAAAUUACUCCGGUGAAGUUGCCCGACGGUGAGAUCAAAGCUGACGAGAACAGAGAAUAUUACUUCCACUCGAGCGGGGAUAUUUACAUAGGUGGCAAACUAGAUCCUGCCAGACUCGAGGCGACGAAAAAUUUUAAGAAUUCGAUGGCAAGAAUGGAGCGUAGGACUAUAUCCGAGAAACUUAGGCUGAGAUGGAUAAAUGGAUCGCUUAUAUAAGUAUAAUUUAUAUAUAAGCAUAAAGUGAUCGUUCACGGUUAGUUAAAAAAAAAUAAAUCACCAUUGAACAAAUAA